AUGCCAAGAUGGGAAGACCUGAACCAGGCAGAAAUGCAACAGCUAGUUGAAGAAGUUCAGGAAGUUGCAGAACAUGUCAACACUAUGAACGUUAGUCUGGAAAAAGCUGUGAGGCACCUUAGAAAUGCCGCUGACUAUCUUGACCAGGUGUGGAAGGAUUGCAAGAUAGCGUCUGCUGUUGGAAGUAGUGCUGGGAUCACAGGCGGUGUUCUGACAGUCCUUGGAGGUGUCGCUACAGUUAUGACAGCUGGAGCCGCUACACCUUUGUUAAUAGCAGGCACGGCAUUUGGGGUGGCCGGAGCUUGCACUAACCUAGGAACUACUGCCGUGGAAGCCUCUAUUAACUCAGCUAUCAUCCAGGAGGCAGACGGUGCCGUAGAAGGCGCAAAUCGCGCAAUACAGGAAGUAAGGCAACGAAUCAAUAAGAUGAAGACCGGGAAAAGCCAAGUGCGUUUGCUGUUUCUUGCUGGCCUUGCUACCAGAAUGCUAGGUAAAAACCACUUAGCAGUUGCCUUUAUCAAAGACCUUCUUAGUACUGAUUUACUCUCCAAAGCUCUUCCUGCAGUAACAGAUGCAGCACGGGCCGUAUCAGCCUUAGCCUCGAAGGCCGGGAUAGAAACUGUCAAAACUGUUGCAGGAAGAGGGCUCAUUGAAAACGUUCCAAAAGAGGCUGUCUGUGUUGGAGUAAACGUGGGAGCCAAAAAAUUCGGUACAGAGCUAGGCACUAAAGUAGGAGCUAAGGCUGUUAAGAAAGUUGGUGCAAAGAUGGGAGCCAGAGCCGUCAGAAGGGUCAGUACCAAGGCCGGUGCCAAAGCCGCUGAGAAGAUUGGUACAAAGGUCGGUGCGAACGCAACUGGAAAAGCUGCUUCCGAGGUAGUGUCCAAGGCGGCUGGAAAUACAGCCACCAAAGAAGGGUCAAAAGCUGUUGGCAAAGCAGGUGUCCAGGGCGGAGCUAAGGCUGCGGGAGGCUUUAUCAUCGGAGUCAGCACGGCUUUCAUCGUCUUAGAUGUCAUAGAUCUGGCAUUUACUGUAAGAGAUAUUGUCAAUAACGAAGGUUCUGAUGCAGCUCGGGUGCUCAGAGAAAAAGCAAAUGAAUACGAAGCUAUUCUAAGAGAUCAGUAA